UUGAAGCACCCCUAAACCUUAAUUUUAGUUUGCAGAAGAAACCUCCGUCAAUAGACACAAAACUCAAAACCCCAUUUGUGUGUAUAGAGAGAGAGAGAGAGAGACAGGGAUAUAGGAGGAAGGAUGGAUUUUCAAGUGGUGGUUUUGGCAGGGGGGACUUCAAAGGAAUUAGUCCCUCUUGUUUCCAAGGACCUUCCCAAACCCUUACUUCCCGUUGCUAAUAGGCCUGUACUCUCCUAUGUUCUUGACCUUUUGGAGCAAAGUAAUCUCAAAGAUCUCAUUGUUGUUGUUGAAGGUGAGGAUGCGGCUAUUCUUAUUGGAAAUUGGAUAUCAGGGGCUUAUGCUGAUCGCCUAAAUGUUGAGGUAGCUCAUGUGCAUGAAGAUGUCGGGUCUGCUGGAGCUCUACGAGCAGUUGCUAACCACUUAAGUGCAAAUGAUAUAUUGGUGAUUAGUGGUGAUCUUGUAUGUGAUAUUCCUCCUGGGGCAGUGGCAGCUGCUCAUAGACGACAUGAUGCAGUUGUGACAGCAACACUUUGCUCAUCUCCAAUCAGUGGGCCAACAGAAUCAAGUCCUGGAGGGAAGGACAAAGCUAAGAAACCAGGACGAUACAAUAUUAUAGGAUUGGACCCCUCAAAACAAUUUAUACUUCAUAUAGCAUCUGGUAUUGAAGUUGAGAAAGACAUUAGAAUUCAGAAGAGCAUCCUUCGGGCAGUGGGUCAGAUGGAAUUUCGUGCUGACUUGAUGGACGCUCAUCUAUACGCAUUUAAGAGGUCUGCUCUGCAACAAGUUCUUAAAGAAAAACCAAAUUUUCACAGCUUAAAGCAGGAUGUUCUGCCUUAUCUUGUCAGGAGCCAACUGAGGUCCGAAAUAUUGUUGAACAGUAGACAAGUAGAAGAAAAUGGGGGUGACAAGGAACCGAUCGGAAAUAACACAGUAAUGUUAUCUCAGCUUCUGCUUAAUUCGUCUACACAGAGUUUUCAUGAACUUUAUGCCAUGUCUCCUGGUGGGCCAACUUCUGUUCUAAAGAAAACUCACAAAUGCUGUGCUUAUAUUGCUAACAAAAGCAAAUAUUGUGCACGGGUGAACUCUUUUCAGGCUUUUUGUGACAUAAACAGAGAUGUAAUUGGAGAUGCCAGUCAUUUGUCAGGAUAUUCUUUUUCUGCUCAUAACAAUGUUAUUCAUCCAUCAGCUGUGCUUGGUUCAAAAACAACUGUUGGCCCACAAUGUAUGCUUGGAGAAGGUUCAGAGAUGGGUGACAAAUGUAGUGUUAAACGGUCUGUGAUUGGCCGUCAUUGCCGAAUAGGUUCCAAUGUGAAGGUUAUUAAUUCAAUAGUUAUGGAUCAUGUUACUAUCGGUGAUGGUUGCUCUAUCCAGGCAUCUGUUAUUUGCAGUAAUGUUCAACUCCAAGACCGAGUUGUGCUGAAGGACUGUCAGAUUGGAGCAGGUUUUGUGGUCACUGCUAGUAGCGAACACAAAGGGGAGUCCUUGUCGAAAAAAGAGAAACAGUGAUAUUUAUUUGUUUGGUGAAGUGUUUUGAGUAAGCUGCAUAUCUUUUUACAGGGAUGUAGAUAUAUUAUAUUUUAUACAUUUAUCAGGUAUGAUGUGUUUGAACUUUGAGGUAACAGUAUACUGAUUUUUGAAUAGAAGUUUCCUCCACUCAAGUUUUUAUGAA